UUAUUUGUAUUACGGAGCCAAAGGGCCCAAGAGCUUCGUCGUUUUGAUCACAACGUUUCUGGAGGUAAAGAGCAACAAAAAGGAAGAAUUCUCGUUAGUGAGAGAGUGAAGACUGAGCGAUGUACUUGAAGAAGCCUCUAUGGAGUGAGGGAACGACAACACCGAAGGCCUCGGCGGAAUCCGAUUCAAACCCUCCCGCGACCGCCGUCAGCGAUUUGGUCAACUCGUUGACCACCCAGAGAGUGUACCGCGAGGUCACCCUCGCGCUCCGGAGCGGCCUGCGCGACGUUCGCGCCGAGUUCUCUUUCCUCCGAGUCCGCGGCCUCCGCAGCCUCCUCAAGUUCCUCCGAUCAGUCGCCGAGUCCGAUUCCACCAUCAACCUCUUCUCUCAGACCCAAUCGCUCCCUGAGCUUCAAGUGGUGCCGGUUCUGUUUCAAAACUCGCUGAAAGAUGCGGAGGAUGAGAUCGUGCGAAAUUUGGAUCACAUUUUCGGGGUCGAGCCUCUGAAGAUCACGAGCCCUUCAAGCGACUCUGAGGUUUCGCUUGCGCUUCGAGUUUUGGAGGGCUGUUGUCUGCUUCAUCCAGAUAGCGCGGUCUUGGCUCAUCAGCACAAGGCCAUUCAGGUGUUGAUGAAUAUACUGCCAACUCGAGGGGUGAUUGAGCAAAGCGCUUGCUUGGAUGCUUUGAUUGCAAUAAUGUUGGAUUCAUCAGCUAAUCAAAUGGAUUUUGAAGCGUUUCAUGGUAUUGAGGAAGUUGCAGAGCUCAUUAGAGACAAGCAAGUUGAUGAGAACCUCAGGUUGAAAUGUGGAGAGUUCUUGCUACUGCUAAUUGGGCAUGUAAAUGGGAGGGACAGGCCUCCCUUGGCAACUGUACAUGAAGACAUAAGGAGGCUUUUAGGUGAGAAAUCUGCUUCCUUGAUAUGGGCAGCCAGUCAGUUUGGUUCAACUCUUGAUCCGGAGCAGAGACUAACCGCACUUCACAUCCAAGCUCGUCGCGUGAUAGAGUCCUUGGACCUGUACUGAAUCUGAACAUAGAAACUAGAAAGCACCCUAGGCAAUUUUCCUUUGUUUUUCAAUGAAAUCACAAUCUGUAGCCGUAUUUUUGUCCAUUUGCCUGUUUGUAUGUCGUUCUUUGUUUGCAACGGCUGAUGUUCAAGAAAUUGAGUUAAGAAACUGUGUUCAUAUAUUUUGAACAACAUAGAGCAACAAUCUUGUUGUAGUUAUAAACCAUUUUCAUGUGCAUAAUCAUAGUAUUCGAAGUUGAAUAAAUCUCGACGAAUUUCUUCUCUGUA